GGAGUGUAUAUAAAAGACACCAGGAGAGCGUGAAAGCCACUUAGCCGCAGACUCCUUGGGAACAGUCCACCUCACGCUGAGGCCUCCAGGUUCUGGGAACAACUCAAGGUUCAUAGGUCAGUUCUCUCCGCCAUGAACCUCAGACCCAGGGCCACCUCCGCUCCUGUCUUACAGGUGUUGCUGCAGCUGUCACUGCUCCUGACUGUGAUGGUUCCCUCCACCAUUGGAGAAAGAAAGAGAAACUUAGAGGAACCUGAAGUUUCUAUCCCAGCUGCAAGUGUGGAAGGUGAGGAACUUCGCUGCACGUGUAUAACGACCACCUCUGGCAUUCAUCCCAGAAACUUCCAAAAUUUGAAGGUGUUCAGGGCAGGACCCCAUUGCCCCAAUGUCGAAGUGAUAGCCACGCUGAAGAAUGGGAAGGAAAUCUGCCUGGAUACAAAUGCUCCCGUGAUCAAAAAGAUAGUCCAGAAGAUUUUGGAAGGUGUUUCUAUCCCAGCUGUAAGUGUGGAAGGUGAGCGCUAUGCUGAACUUCGCUGCACGUGUAUAACGACCACCUCUGGCAUUCAUCCCAGAAACUUCCAAAAUUUGAAGGUGUUCAGGGCAGGACCCCAUUGCCCCGUUGUCGAAGUGAUAGCCACGCUGAAGAAUGGGAAGGAAAUCUGCCUGGAUCCAAAUGCUCGCCUGCUCAAGAAGAUAGUCCAGAAGAUUUUGGAAGGUGAUGAGUCAGCUGCUUAAUCUGUUCACUCUCUGUCAUAUCUUUUUAUCUCCCAAGAGGAGUAGGAAUCUGCAGCCUUACCUUUCUGAACUUUUUCUUUAUCCAGGAUACCUAUUCAUGCUGUAAUAAAUUUGGAUAUGUUUCCCAUUGUGUCUUAAGAAGUUGCAUUUUAUUCUGAGGAAGCUGGUUAAUAAAUAGAUGACAGAGAGAAGAUAAAAGU